AUGAUUUCUCAACCAUUAUUUACCAACAACUCUACCAACAGUCCUACAUUUAUUAAUGAAGGUGCAAAAUUUUCAGGUUUAACUCGAGAAGGUGGUGAUAUUGGAAAAGAUAAUAUCGUUAAUUCUAAUGUCAAUGAUCCUGAUGACAACAAUUAUGUUCGUCAUAAACAAACGAAACAUGAUGCAAAUGCAAACAUUCGUUCUAAUGCUGAUUAUUAUGUCCAACAUGGUGUUAAUCGCAAUGGUGGAAAACGUGGCAUUGCUAAUCGUUAUUAUGAUCGUUCAUGA